ACAGGGUCCCAAUUUGAUUGAUUGUAGGUAUCCAUUUUGCAGCAACUUUCAGCCAAAUUGUUGUAAAUGCUAUCAUUUAUAGUAUAAAUAUAGCUCAAACUGUAUAUCUUACGGUAAAAAAGUGUGGACAACGUGUCAAACAAUCAAACGUUUUGUGCCGUGUUUUAAGUAUUGACAGAGGUAUUGAAGAUUGAAGACCGACUCUGCACGGACACAAACUCACGGGACUGCGCGCGUAUGAUACAAACUUACAAACGUGUCCAGUAGAACACUGGUGUUAAAGAAGACAGUGCUGCUUGUCUCGCUGUUCGGAGCAGCAGCAGCAGCUUACCGAGCCGCAUCUAGUUCCAUUUGGCCAACAUGGCGGCUUCCCUGGGACGGUUUUAUCGAUCUGCCCUCCUCAAGCCGUCGAACGGUUCACUGUACAAUAAGGUUAGGCAUUUCUCGGGGACACGUGAAUGGUCAAGAGGUCGUAAAGUGGCAACAGCAUGUAUAGGUGUAGCUGCUGGCGGAAUAGGUGCCCUAUUAUUUACUUUAGAUCAAUCUGUUAAGGCAAUAGAAAUUGUAGCCCAUCCACCUCAUUAUCACUGGGCUUUCUCUGGAUUUUUUAAAUCAUUAGACCAUGCAAGUAUGCGAAGAGGAUGGGAGGUCUACAAAAACGUCUGCUCUGCCUGCCAUAGUUUAGAAUACGUAGCUUACCGUCAUCUUGUCAACAAUACACACACAGAAGAAGAGGCUAAGGCUAUAGCGGAGGAAGUCCAAAUCAAAGAUGGACCGGAUGACCAGGGCGAAUAUUUCAUGCGUCCAGGUAAACUCAGCGAUUAUGUACCAUCCCCAUACCCCAACGAAGAAGCUGCUCGAGCGGCGAACAAUGGUGCCUAUCCACCCGAUUUGUCGUACAUCGUCAAUGCACGACAUGGUGGAGAGAACUACGUAUUUUCGCUGCUAACUGGUUACUGCGAUCCGCCAGCUGGUAUCACUCUAAGGGAAGGUCAAAACUUCAAUCCAUACUUCCCCGGUGGUGCUAUUGGUAUGGCACCGCCCAUUUAUGACGAGGUAAUCGAAUACGAAGAUGGCACACCAGCAUCAAGAUCUCAAAUAGCCAAGGAUGUAGCUAAUUUCCUAAUGUGGUCUGCCAACCACGAGUUUGACGACAGGCAAAGAAUGUCUAUUAAAGUCCUUGGAAUAGGUUCAAUGCUUUUUGCGUUCUUCUAUUACUUGAAGAGACACAAGUUCAGUCACAUCAAAACAACAAAAUUAGCAUAUAUUCCGAAAAAAUACAAAUAAGUCGAUUCAGAAGGAAAAAAUAAAAAAAUUUGUUAAUUAAAUUAACAAUGUAAUCGCGGAAGGCGAGUAGUUGAAAUACUGUGUGCAAUGUAUAAUGAUGUAAACUAUAAAAUUACAUACAUUAAGAACGGCUAAUGAGUAUUUCAAUUACUAGUUAAGCAUAGUUGAGUGAAAAUUAAGUUGACAAAAUUUUUGUAAUCCAGCUGAAUUCACAAAAUCAGUUAACGAGCAUCUAGCAGCCUCGACAUCGGAAAUACGUUUAAAAUGAACUUUCACUAAUUAUAAUUGAAAAAUGUGUACUCAGUCGUUCCACAGAUGGUACAUGUUUGUAAAUAAAAUCUGGUUAUGAACAACUUUAA